GCCAUGUGUCUUAAUUCUCAACUACUAGCCACUACCGUUCCUUCCGAGAAAGCGGCGACUGAAAACUCUUUUUCUCUUUUGCUGUUUUAUAUCCCGUGACAUCUGAGGCAUCGAGGCCUUUUUUCUCGUCAAAUUCACAGUUGAUUGUUGACUUUAAAGUUUAAAUGUCGGGCUGUCUGUCCAUUUGCUCGUCGACGACGUCCACGACGCACUGCAGCUGCUGAAAAUUGCCCUCAACCAUUCGAUUGGCAGAGGCAAUGAACGUGCCACAGAAGGGCAAAAACAUUCACAGCCAGCAGCAGCAGCAACAGCAGCAACCUCAGCCACAACCAGGACCACCUAGUUAUCCCAACCAGCAGCAAUCACGAGCAAACGCUACCUAUCUAUUUGAUGAUGCUUCCUCAAAGUACGCUUACGGGGGACCGUAUGUAGCUGGUGCCAGUGCUGGACCAGUCCCUCCUCGUCUGCCGCUGGUUUCUGGGCUAACAGGUCCAACCCCACCUAUUGCUGCCUCUAAUACGUCUGUCGGAGGAAUGCCCCAAGGACCUCCACCAGGCAGUUUUGUAGGCCAUAGUCCACUCGACCUGUCAAAGCAGACACCUCCACACCACCAGUCUGCUCAUCAUUCUCUUCCUCCUGGCAUGUUAUAACACAAGUCAAGCCUGAUACAGUAUUCUAAAUUCAAUGUCUGUUUUGAUGUUUUCUACAGCUUCAUUGGGAGUGAAUCAGCAACUAACGAUGGUUAACGCUGGACAUACCGGCCCCAUGCAGGGUAGACCAACUCAGGGAAAUAACCAGUUUUACGGUCGCCCGAUACGUCCGGGAAAUCAGCACAUGCCCCGACCCCCUAUGGCAGGUGGUGCCAUUAAUCCCACCCAUCCACCCAAUGGUGCUCAGGCCAUACCUUACCCUGCGAUGAAUCAACCUGUACUUUUCGUCAUUGGAGAUCAGUUCAACAAUCAACCCUAUUUAUCGUACCCGGCGAAUCCUCCAGCGUAUUACCAACAGUCAGGGAACCUGCCUCCCGGAAAUGUGUCGUUCCAGCAACCACGAGCAGCCCAACAAACGUACAGCUACAGGCCUUCACCUCCUUACCCGAGUUUUCCUAUGCAGAGCACGCCAGCUGUUUAUUACCCAUCACAGCAGCAGCCCCAACCCCAACAGCCUCAACAACAACAGCCCCAGCAGCAGCAGCAGCCCCAGCAACCCCAACAGCCACAGCAAGCCCCGAUAGCUCCACAACCGGCGCCACAACUGCGUGAAAGCUCUGGAGCAUCACGGAGGCUAAGGACAAGCGCCCUGCGCAUUGUUGACCCUAAUACUAAUAGAAAUAUUCUCACCGGUGAGGAAAUGCCUCCGUCAGCCGUAGCUACUCCAACCACUGUGACACCCCCUGAAAUUGCAGCAACCGAUGCUGUUUUGCUGCCUCAAGUGGCUGUGGAUGAGGUUGAAGCGCCAUCAGCAUUGGCUACUCCAGCCGCUCUAGAUGUAGAGGAAACGGCUACAACUCCAAUCGUGGAAAAUACUGCUUCUCCAUCAGAAAAUGCAAGCGUUGCAGUAAUUGAAGAAACAAUUGUGGAAAAAAAGAUAGUACCAACUGUAGCUGCAUCGGCUUCGACGUCAACAACACCAACUUCGCCAGCAACAGUCAGUGCUCCGAUAGCACCGGUACAGCCGGUGCCGGUCAUAGAAAAGGAGGUCAUACCCGUCCCCGUUGCCCCAGAGAACGGUGAAGGACCCUCUGUUAGUGAGCCGCCUUCCAGUACGGCAUCACCCAUUCCCGUCUCGACUGCUCCUAGUCCCGAGCAAGGCGAAGGACGAGGUAAUCCGAAGGGUGGUAAAAAGGGGCGCAAGACCUCAAAGUCGAGUUCUACCCCCACACCCCCCACUCCUCCGCCCCCACAGAGCGUUGAAGAAGUUAAAGUUGCCCAACCUGUAGCUGCCGCUGUCGAGAUUCCGUCUCCAGUUCAAGAGAAGGAUGUUGUGCCUACUACCACCCCAAAUAUCCCAGUUGCUACUCCUAUCAAUCCAGUACCAGUGGUCGAUUCCUCUUCCAAGAUGGACGUCGAAAUUAAAGAAAUGCCGCGACCCUUGCCGGUUGUUCCAGAAUCGGUUGUCGAAAAGCCUUUGGAGAGCCCCACAGUUGGAGUUGAAACAGAAUCUGUGAUUACCAAUGGGGAUAAGCAAGGAUCAAGCCCUCCCCCUAGUGAAAUAGAGCCAGUGGUGACAACACCUCAAAUUACUGCGACAGAGGAUGGUGAAAACCGGGCACCUGGUAAAUCGACGUCGUUGAAAUAUACAUACAAGGACGAUCAAUGGAGUCCAGUUAAUCCAGAGGGGAAAAAGACUUACGAUAGGCAAUUUCUGUUGGAAUUGCAAAGCAACCCAGCUUCCCAGAAAAAACCGGAAGGACUUCCUAGUUUGGAAGUUGUCCGCGACAAGGGUUCAACUGUGAAGCGCGGUGUUACUGUUGGAGACUUCACGCCGACUUUUGUUAAAAUGAUGCCAGCAAAGGGUCUUCCUAAGAGAAACAGUCAGCAAGGAAGUCGUGAUCAGGGCAUGGGUCAGCAGCAACCACCACCUAGAAGAGAAAUUAAGCUGAUGAACUCAUUGAUCCGACAAGAACGACCCGAAGAUCCUAAUGUUUGGAAACCCAAGCAUGCUUCGAAAUCCAAGGAAGAAAAAGAGAACCCUGAUAAAGCCAGCACCGAAGAAAUGCUAAAAACCGUCCGUGGAAUUUUGAACAAGUUGACUCCAUCUAAAUUUGACACAUUAUUGGCGAGGAUUCAAGCCUUAGAUAUUGAUAGUGAAGACCGGUUAGCUGGAGUCAUCAAAUUGUUUUUCGAGAAGGCUGUUGCUGUUCCAAUUUUUUCAUCUACAUAUGCUAAAAUGUGUCAAGCUCUGUCGACAAAAGAAGUGGCUUCUUCAGCAAAUCCAGCUGAAACGACCAACUUCCGCAAGCUAUUGCUGACCCGUUGCCAGAAAGAGUUUGAAAAAGACAGUGCCGGACUCAAAGACGUGGCAAACAAGCAAAAGGAAAUCGAAAAGGCUGAAUCGGACGCAAAAAAGAAAGAGUUGGAAGUGGAAUUAGAAGAACUUGUCAAUUCAAAUCGAAGAAAAUCUUUAGGGAACAUUAGGUUUAUUGGAGAAUUAUUUAAAUUGCGAAUCCUUUCGGUGAAAAUUAUGCAUCAGUGUAUACUUCGGUUAUUGAGUCAACCUGAAGAUGAAGAAUCGCUCGAGUGCCUCUGCCGGUUGUUGUCCACAAUCGGCAAGGAAUUGGAGUCUCCAAUGCAACCACCCGCAGGAAGAUCAACGUCCAUCUCGGCAAAUCGUGAAUCCAUGAAUUCGUAUUUUAGUACUCUGGAUUCCAUUGUCAACAAACGCAAAAUAUCAAAUCGUAUACGGUUUAUGAUCCAAGACGUAGUUGAUUUGCGGAAAACUGGAUGGAAACCACGUCGUGAUGAUAACGCACCCAAGACGAUUGAACAGAUUCACAGAGAUGUCCAUAAGGAGCGCGAGGACCAAGAGAGAGAGCUGAACAACCCACAAUUCCAGGGAAAUAUGGGCUCCAUGGGUGGCAUGUCUCGCGACGGAAGGAUGGUGGGAGAUCGGCGUGGAGGCGAUGAUCGUAAUAGGAAACAGUCACGUCCUAGUGAUGAUGGUUGGAAUACUGUCCAGAACAGUGGCAGUAGAGGUGGCAACGUCAAGUUGGAUAUGAAGCAACUUCGGAUACCUAAGGCAUCUGGAGAUGCUGAUCAAACUGUCAUCAGUCUGGGCCCGGGAGGUAGAGGAAUGGGCUCAUGGGGUAGAGGAGCGUCUGGUGGCAUGUCUCAAUCGAUGGUUGGCAGUGUUGGUAGUGGUGCAACUCAAGAUACUCGAUCCAAUCGCUACCAAAUCCUAGAAGAUGAUUCCGGAACUCAACACGAAAGCGGCAAGGCUCCAUUCUCGGGACGCUCUAGUCUUGGCGGCCCACCCCAUAGCGGCCGUGGUGGUAACCAGGAUUACCGGACGAUGCCUGGAGCCACGAAAAGUGCUUUUUACCCGCCCAAGGAUGGCGAUCGUGGACUAGAUUCCCUUCGCUCACAGAACACCGGCUUUGCUGGUCGUUCACGUAGUCAGCAAUCUUCACGUGAAAACUCCGUAACUCGCCCUAUUCGCGAGACACCUCAGCCGCCGCCUUUGUCGCGUGAAGUAUCCAAAGAUGUACUAUUAGGUAAAUCAACCGUUACGGAUGAUGAGAUUGAGCGAAAAUCUCAUUCGCUUUUGGGUGAAUACUUUACAAAUGAAAAGAUAGAGGAUGCUGUUCUCGACAUGAGGGAGUGGUUGCAUUCAUCUACGGUAGCCAAAUUCAUCAACCAAUGCUUGCUGCAUGUAUUGGAACGUAACAAAAAGGAACGUAGGGCAACAGGCACUUUAUUGAAGGAAAUGGUUAAGAGAAAACUUUUCGCAUCCUUCGACAUAGUUGAUGGAUUUUCUGAACUCCUUCAAUCUGCUGAAGACUUCCUUGUGGACAUACCCAAACUGUGGGAAUACACGGCUGAACUGGUCGAGCCUCUGUUUGAAGAAGGCGUGAUAAAUUUGAACUUCGUUGGACAGUUGUCGUCGACUUUGAAUUCAUCCUUGGUUGCUAAUUUUGUAGCUGCAGUUCUGAAGGAAUUAGUCAAAGCACAGGGUAUUGCUGGAGCAGAAAGAAUAUGGAUCAUGUCGAAUGCACCCCUCGCUACCGUGCUACCACCCGGUGUUGACCCGAACGCAUUCCUCGCUCAACACAAGGAACUGGAGUUCCUUUCUCAAAUCGAUUCUAUACCAAGGAGUAGUGGCAGCGUUGGAAAAUCCAGCAGUAAUGCACCUCCCUCCAGUCAAGUUUACAUCGAUUUUCAGCAUAGCCUGGAAAAAUACUUGAGAGACGCAAGCCAAUUAACUACAGAUGACGUUUGUAGUUGGAUCCAGAAACAAAAUGUUGGCGAAGUUAAUUCCGCUUUCAUUCGUGCCUUGGUCACCGCAGUCACCGAGAGUUCCAUUGAAGGACGUGGUACUGAUAGUAAACUGAAUAACGCAGUUCUCAAACACUGGACUGAAGUGUUGAGGCGGUACGUUGACAAUAUUGCUGAACGCGAGCUUCAACUGCUAUUUGCAGUUCAGACUUUAGUCACUCAGCGACAACAUCCCAAAGGCUUGAUUCAAGGAAUCUUUGAGACGCUCUUUGACAGUAACGUCGUCUCUGAAGAAGGAUUUUAUUCGUGGGUGUCAGUCGAUGAUCCUUUAGAACGCGAAGGCAAAGCAGUGGCCCUCAAAUCGAUCACUUCCUUCCUGACGUGGCUCAAGGAGGCCGACCCGGAGAGCGAUCAAGAGGCGGAUGCCUGACCUUAUCAAGAGAAGCAUACUGGGGAGCAUUUGUGUGAGUGUACGUGUGAGUGAAGGGGUGUGGCCAGUGUGUGCAUGCGUGUAAGUGAAGAGGAUUGUUGGGAUUUAUCGCCCCCAAUCUUCCCUAAUUACAUGAAGAGAGCUGAUUUUUGAGCGUAACUUGUGCUCCAAGAGCACACCUGGCUGAAUUUAUUAAUGACUGUAGUUGGAAUUUGCCCCUUUAUUUUUCAUACACCCCUUUCAAUUGAUUGCGUGGACGGAUUAUUUUUAAUCCA